AUGGCCAUCACCACCGCAAUCUCCGACCUGGUCGACUUCAUCUACCAGGCCAUCGCGUCGGUAUUCAACGGCAUCUACGGCAUCAUCCACGCCAUUCUCAGCACCAUCACCGGGCUGUUCAGCGGCAUCCUGCACGUCGUCGGCAACACAAUCAGUAGUUUGGGGUCCGUCGUCAGCUCCAUCACGGGGUUCAUCGCCGGAAACAUUGUCAUUCUUGGAGUCGGCGCAGUGCUGGCAUUCUUCUUCUUUCGGUCUACUGCGACAGGCCAACGGGCGGUCCAGCAAACCAAGGCCAAACAGUGA